UUCCAGAAGGACUACAGUUCCUUCCAUGCAUCCACUUGACUUAGGAUGUUCUGGAUUUUGGUUGUCGGGGGAGUUUGCCUGCCUCUCUGAAGAAGGAUGGCUGUGUGGUCCCUGUGGAGUCUGCUUCUCUGGGCAGCACCAUUUCCUGUUGCAGUUUCUGGUGCCCAAGUGCAGGGCCAGGUCGGGGGCUCGGUGCUGCUGGUGGCAGAGCACUACCCUGGCUUCCAAGUUCGAGAGGCCAUCUGGAGAUCUCUCUGGCCUUCAGAGGAGCUCCUGGCCACAUCUUUCCGGGGCUCCCUGGAGACUCUGUACCAUUCUCGCUUCCUGGGUCGAACCCAGCUGUACAGCAACCUGAGCCUGGAGCUCCGGCCACUGGAGGCUGGAGACAGCGGCAACUUCUCUGUGUUGCUAGUGGACACUGGAGGUCAGACCUGGACCCAGACCCUGCAGCUCAAGGUGUAUGAUGCAGUACCCAGGCCUGUGAUACAAGUGUUUAUUGCUGUAUCUGAGGAUGCUCAGCCCCCCAACACCUGCCAAGCAUUCCUGUUCUGUUGGGUUCCCAACAUCAGUGAUAUAACCUAUAGCUGGCAACAGGAGGGGACCGUUGACUUUGGUACCAAGCCACAUGGCCUCUUCAUGGAUGGACAGGUGUUGAGGGUUUCACUGGGACCAGGAGACAAGGCUUUGGCCUAUUCCUGCAUUGUCUCCAACCCUGUCAGCUGGAACUCGACUGUAGUCAACCCCUGGGAGAGAUGCCAUCAUGAGGCAGGGAAGGCUUCCUACAAAGAUGUGCUGCUGGUGGUGGUGCCUGUCUCAUUGCUCCUGAUCCUGGCUGGUCUCCUCUCUGCAUGGCACUGGGGCCCCUGCUCAGGAAAGAAGAAGAAGGAUGCCUGUGUUAAUGGCAUGGCUCUAGAGACAGAGAACCCCCUUGUGUAG